AUGAGUGUUAAACGGAAUAAGAUCGGAAUCAAAAGUGGAAAGAAGGAGCACUUUUUCCAACAUGGCAUUCGGCAAAAAGUUAUUACCAAGAAGAAGAAAAAGAUCCCUCAGCGAAGCAAACUAGAGAGAAAGAAGAGGAAGAAGAAGCAAAUGGCAGGAGGGUCGUUUGGUCCGACCGGUGUGGCUAAGGAAAGAGCAGAUCAAUACAAAGGGAAAGUCACUGGCUAUGUCAUCAUCGCUUGCCUUGUUGCAGCCAUUGGUGGAUCCGUCUUUGGAUAUGACAUUGGAAUCUCAGGAGGAGUCACAUCAAUGGAUGAAUUCCUCGAGGAGUUUUUCCAUACGGUUUAUGAGAAGAAGAAGCAUGCUCACGAGAGUAAUUACUGCAAAUACGACAAUCAAGGAUUAGCUGCUUUCACGUCUUCACUCUACUUGGCCGGUCUGGUCUCGACUCUUGUCGCUUCACCGAUCACUAGGAACUACGGAAGGCGUGCGAGCAUCGUCUGUGGGGGAAUCAGCUUUUCCAUCGGAGCUGCUCUGAACGCUGGAGCAGUGAAUCUAGCGAUGCUUCUCGCGGGACGGAUCCUGCUCGGUUUUGGCAUUGGAUUUGGAAACCAGGCGGUUCCUUUGUAUCUAUCAGAAGUGGCACCAACGCACCUGAGAGGUGGCUUGAACAUGAUGUUUCAGUUAGCUACAACUAUUGGGAUCUUCACGGCGAACAUGGUCAACUACGGUACUCAGAAGCUCAAGCCUUGGGGAUGGAGACUCUCUCUCGGUCUGGCUGCUUUUCCGGCUCUGCUCAUGACUCUCGGCGGGUUUCUCUUACCCGAGACCCCCAACAGUUUGGUGGAGAGAGGGCUGACGGAGAGAGGAAGACGAGUGCUCGAGAAGCUAAGGGGAACGGAGGACGUCGACGCCGAGCUUCAGGACAUGGUGGACGCGAGCGAGCUUGCCAACUCGAUCAAGCACCCGUUCAGGAACAUCCUGCAGAGACGACACAGGCCUCAGCUAGUCAUGGCGAUUUUCAUGCCAACGUUUCAGAUCCUCACGGGGAUAAACUCCAUCCUCUUCUACGCGCCGGUUCUGUUCCAGACAAUGGGGUUCGGAGGAAACGCUUCCCUCUACUCGUCGGCGUUAACCGGAGCUGUUCUCGUCCUCUCGACGUUGGUCUCCAUAGCACUAGUGGACAGACUCGGAAGACGAGCUCUACUCAUAAGCGGAGGGUUGCAAAUGAUAAUCUGCCAAGUCAUAGUGGCAGUGAUCCUGGGACUCAAGUUCGGAGACAAGCAAGAGCUAUCAAAAGGGUACUCGAUCGUCGUGGUCAUCUUCAUCUGCCUCUUUGUUGUAGCGUUCGGAUGGUCAUGGGGACCUCUCGGAUGGACCAUACCGAGCGAGAUCUUCCCGUUGGAGACUCGUUCCGCGGGACAGAGUAUCACCGUUGCUGUCAACCUCCUCUUCACUUUCAUCAUAGCUCAAGCGUUCCUCUCUCUCCUCUGUGCGUUCAAGUUUGGCAUCUUCCUCUUCUUCGCUGGUUGGGUCUCAGUGAUGACCAUCUUCGUCUACUUCCUGUUGCCUGAAACCAAAGGAGUCCCCAUUGAAGAGAUGACACUCUUGUGGACGAAACAUUGGUUCUGGAAAAAAGUAUUGCCUGCACCAAAUCAUCAUCUUGAUCUUGACGCAGAGAGCAACAAUGAGACAAAUCAUUAG